UGUUCCGCAUACAUGCAUGCAACUGCAACCUCGAGCCCACAUAUAGGCACCCAGAAACGGCACCGAAACACAUCGCGCGCUUGUGAGUGUUGUGAGUUGUGAGUUGUGACGCGCGAACAGAGCGUGGCGGAGGAGAUGAUCGGAUGGGGCGACGUGUACAAGGUGGUGGCCGCCAUGGCGCCGCUCUACUUCGCCCUCGGCCUCGGCUACGGCUCGGUGCGGUGGUGGAAGCUCUUCACGCCGGACCAGUGCGACGCCGUGAACCGCCUCGUGGCCUACUUCGCGGUGCCCUUCUUCGCCUUCGACUUCGCCGCGCGCAUGGACCCCUACAAGCUCAACUACCGCGUCCUCGCCGCCGACGCGCUCUCCAAGCUCGCCGUCGCGCUUGUGCUCGCCGCCUGGGCCGCCACAUCCACGCGCUGCUCCCGCGGUGGCGCCAAGCGCGGUGGGGGCGGCGGGGAGCUGGCCUCCUCGUGGUGCAUCACCGGCUUCUCGCUGGCGACGCUGAACAACACGCUCGUGGUGGGCGUGCCGCUGCUGGACGCCAUGUACGGCGGGUGGGCGCGCGACCUCGUCGUGCAGAUAUCGGUGGUGCAGAUCAUCGUUUACUUCCCGCUGCUGCUGCUGGCGUUCGAGGUCAGGCGUGCGUGCGGUGGUGGCGCAGGGAAGCCUGACGCGGCAGCGGCCGUUUCAGCGAGCGAGGACGACGUGGAGGACGGCGGCGCGGAGGGGAGGAGGCGGCGCCAGCCGGUAUGGCCGUUGGUCAGAGCUGUGUGGCUCAAGGUGGCACGGAAUCCCAACGUUUACGCGGGCGUCCUCGGGGUCGCCUGGUCUUGCGUCACAAACAGGUGGCACAUCGUGACGCCGAGCAUCAUCGAAGGCUCGGUGCUGAUCAUGUCCAGGACCGGCGUCGGGCUCGCCAUGUUCAGCAUGGGCCUGUUCAUGGCGCUGCAGGAGAAGAUCAUCGUCUGCGGGGCCGGCCUGACCGCGCUGGGCAUGGCGCUGCGGUUCGUCGCCGGCCCGGCGGCCACCGCGGCCGGAGCCGUCGCCCUGGGGCUCCGGGGCGACGUCCUUCGCCUCGCCAUCAUACAGGCUGCGCUCCCCCAGUCCAUCACCACGUUCGUGUUCGCCAAGGAGUACGGCCUGCACGCCGAUGUGCUCAGCACCGCGGUUAUAUUCGGAACGCUGGCGUCGUUGCCCGUGUUGAUCGUGUACUACAUCGUUCUGGGCUUCGUUGGAUAGUUAGUUCGGCCUUAUAUAUAAGUUCUAUAUUUCUCCCUAACCCUAGGGACUGACUAACCGAUGAGUAAACUGCAUGUACUAGGUUGUAGUAAGUUGUAACGGGCUCUUCUGCAAACAAUGAUCACUGCAACUAACACCCUCUGAAUUGCGCACAUUGGCCCCUCGUUAAUAAAUGGAGCUCCAUAUGUACCUGUUUAUUCUCA